AUGUUCCCUUUCCUGAGCUUUAACAUCACCGGCCUCAACCCCACGGCCCACUACAACGUCUUCGUGGAGGUGGUGUUGGCGGACCCUAAUCACUGGCGUUUCCAGGGGGGCAAGUGGGUGACCUGCGGCAAAGCCGACAACAACAUGCAAGGCAACAAGGUGUACGUCCACCCCGAGUCGCCCAACACCGGGGCUCACUGGAUGAGGCAGGAGAUUUCUUUCGGGAAACUGAAGCUGACGAACAAUAAAGGUGCUAACAACAACAACGCCCAGAUGAUAGUACUGCAAUCUCUACACAAGUACCAGCCCCGGCUUCACAUUGUGGAAGUGACUGAAGAUGGUGUUGAAGAUCUGAAUGAUUCCUCGAAGACUCAAACAUUUAUUUUCCCUGAAACGCAGUUUAUAGCAGUGACAGCGUAUCAGAACACUGAUAUUACCCAGCUCAAAAUUGACCAUAAUCCUUUUGCAAAAGGCUUCAGAGACAACUAUGACUCCAUGUACACAGCUUCAGAAAAUGACAGAUUAACUCCAUCUCCCACGGAUUCUCCUAGAUCCCACCAGAUCGUCCCUGGCGCCCGGUACAGCGUGCAACCGUUCUUCCAAGAACAGUUUGUCAACAACCUGCCCCCAGCCAGGUUUUACAACGGUGAGAGAACCGUCCCUCAGACAAACGGCUUGCUCUCCCCGCAGCAGAAUGAAGAGGUGGCCAGCCCUCCUCAGCGGUGGUUUGUCACGCCUGUACAGCAGCCCAGUGCCAACAAACUGGACAUGAACUCCUACGAGACGGAGUAUUCUCCUAGCACCUUGCUCCCUUACGGCAUUAAAUCCCUCCCCCUUCAGACAUCCCAUGCUCUGGGGUACUACCCUGACCCGACCCUUCCAUCCAUGGCAGGCUGGGGGAGCAGGGGCUCUUACCAGAGGAAAAUGACAACAGGAUUACCUUGGACCUCCAGAACAAGUCCUCCAGGCUUCUCUGAAGACCAGCUUUCCAAGGAGAAGGUGAAAGAAGAAAUCGGCUCAUCCUGGAUAGAGACUCCACCCUCCAUAAAGUCUCUAGAUUCAAAUGAUUCUGGGGUCUACACGGGUGCUUGUAAGAGAAGACGGCUCUCCCCUAGCACUUCCAGCAAUGAAAACUCCCCGACUAUGAAAUGCGAGGACGUUAAUGCUGAGGACUAUAGCAAAGACACUUCAAAAGGCAUGGGCUACUACGCGUUCUAUACUAGUUCUUAA